AUGAGACCGUUGGGUUUCUCGCUUCUCACAAGAGAAUGGGACCAUGAUGUGAGGCCGGGCGACGCCGAGGGCGCGGAGAAGGCGAUGGGCGUGAUGUACGGCGCGGAAAAGGAGGCGUGCGCGACGACCCACGGCACUGCGACUGUCUGUAAGGAGGUGGGGGUAGGAGAUUCAGUGCCCGGCGGUGUCUGUUGGGGCCCCAUGAACUCGUCCGCUGGAAUUUCUGUGACACUGACAGGACCUGCCGUUUACACUGGCGGUACUGCUGAGGAGGCGAGCGCACGUAGCGCCAGGCUGGAGCGUGUCACAGAGAAGUCUGCGAGAGAGUGUAAAUGGGUGUGGGCGCGUGGAAUCAAACAGUGGUCCCCAACUGUUGUUGUCUCCCUUCUUGUGGGAAUGUGUGUGUGUGUGGGGGUGGGUGGGUGA